UCUUGGAACUACCAACACCAACAAUGUCAUCAAUGCUCGCAAAGACCGACUCCGAGGUCAGCAGCCUCAGCCAGUCCUCACCUGCGAGGUCCCCUCGACGUGCUGUCUAUUACGUCCAGAGCCCGUCCAGGGACUCCUCACAUGACGGUGAAAAAACAACGAACUCGUUUCAGUCAAGCCCGCUGCAGAGCCCGCUGGGCUCUCCUCCCCACUCUCACUCCAACUCCUCUUUGGGCCCGCACUCCCGCGAGUCGGCCUCCACGCGCUUCUCGGGCUCCCGCAAGAGCAACGCCACUAACCGGAACAAGGGCCCCUGGAGGCCCUGGAAGGACCACAACAACAACAACUUCAACGCCAUUGAAGAAGAAGGCCUUCUUGAUCUGCACGAUGCAGAUCACCAUGGCCUCCCUCGUCGAUGCUACUUCCCAGCCUUCGUCGUCGGCUUCGCCUUGCUGUUCUCCGUGUUCUCUCUCAUUCUCUGGGGCGCCAGCCGCCCCCAGAAACCCGCCAUUACUGUCAAGAGUAUAACAUUUGAUGAAUUUGUGAUUCAAGCGGGUGCGGAUAUGUCAGGAGUUGCAACUAGCUUAGUUACCAUGAAUUCUUCGGUGAAAUUGACCUUUCGCAACACCGCAACAUUCUUUGGAGUCCAUGUGACUCCAACACCCUUAGAUCUCAGUUAUUCCCAGCUCACUCUAGCCACUGGAAAUAUGCCAAAGUUUUACCAAUCGAGGAAAAGCCAGAGAUCAGUGAAAAUAGUGGUGAAGGGGAGUCAUAUCCCACUGUACGGAGGGGGAGCUGACCUGAGCAGCAUCAACGGCGCACCUGUCCAACCGGUGCCGUUGAAGCUGACCUUGAUGGUGAGGUCAAAGGCUUAUGUUUUGGGCAAGUUGGUGAAGCCCAAGUUCUACAAGAAGAUAGAGUGCACCGUGGUCAUGGAUCCCAAGAAGAUGGGCGUGCCCAUCUCCCUCAAGAACAAGUGCACUUACCAGUAGUGAAUUAAUUAAUUAAUCAACUAAAACAAUAAAAAAGUAAUUAAUUAAGGAUAAUGUGAGUUAUUAGUAAUUUGAUUAUGAGCGUUGGAGAAAAGGUACAUGAAAGAAUUAAAGCAAGCAUGAACGUAUUUUGCCUCAUUCUCACGAAACCUGCAUGAGAUGGGCUAAAUGGUAAUUUUGGAGCUCGUCGGUGGCUUAAUUUCAAUAAUAUAUUGUAUCUUGUCUUGUGCUAUAUUAC